GACUCCUUCUUCCUCCUGAAGCGGCAGCAGGACAGGGCUUCGCACCGGGUUCCGGGCGCGCUCGGCAAAGCCAUGGCGGUCUCUGCGCUGCAGCAGGGCAUGGUCUCUGUCGUGCUGCUGCUCUGCCUCUUCGUGGCGGUGCCCAGGCUGUUCGGGGGCGGAGGAGGAGCAGGGAGGGCCUUGCGGGGGGGCAAGGCUGGCCCCGGUCGCUACGAUACGACCCCCACAGGUGCCUCUGGGAGAGUUCAUCAGUCUCAUCUGAAUUCAGGAAGUUCUGAAAGUAAAACAUACCAAAGCUUUCAGCAGAUGAGGAAUGUAAUGGAAAAGGACAGGAAGAGUGAGAGAACUAGAGGCAGUGGCAAAGAUUUAGCGUUUACCCUCAUGCCCUUGUAUGCUAUUGGUGUGGGGGUGUUUGCAGCAUACAAAUUCCUGAAGAUGAAAUCUCAAGAAGGAAGUUCUUCCAAGAAAGAGAAAAAUACAGCAGAAGAUAAGGCAAAAGAAACAGAACAUCAGCUUUUGGAACUGGAGCAGCAUCUAGCACAGACAGAGAAAAUUUUAAAUUCUUUAUUGACUCAGUUAGACCCACUGUCGAACUGUGUUAAUGCUUUGGCUUGUGAACAGAAAGAUGAAAUAAUGACACAGCUCCAGUCCAUUAGACAGCUGAUGAAGGAAAGUGGAUUGGAUAAAUCAGAAAUGAAACUAAAAGUUUAUUGUGAAGUCCACAGUCAAAUUUGCAUGGAUUUGGAGGUUAAAGGAGUUGCUGCAUCUCCUAGACGGCAAGCUGAGCUGUCAUCAAGGGGGAAGAAACUUAGUCAAGGAUGGAAACCAAAUAUACAAGCAACUCAUGGCCUUCGUCCAGCUGAGGUGCCAUGCCUUGAUUUGGGCAAGCUGGGAUCUUCAGAUGAAGAGGAUGGAGAUUCUUACAUACCAUACAGUAAGAGGUUUCCUCGCAUUGGCCCUCCAGAUUCAUCUUCAACUGUUAGUUGGGGUUCACCAUUACAGACUCCUUAUGCACAGCAUCAUCAGACACAACAGAUGGCUAGAAAACAUUGUCAGAAGAAAAUGGAGCUUUCUUUGGAGCAAAAGACAAUACCGGAAAAUCUGCCAUCCCCAACAGACAAAUACAAACUAAAAUAUCAGCAGUAUGAAGCAGACAUGAAAGAGGGAUAUAAACAGUAUUCUCAGAGAACUACAGAAAAUAAAAAAAACAAUGCCCAGUCUCAGGAAUCUUCAAGAAAAACAGCAGAUAAAGAGGACCCACAGCUUGAAGACAGGACUGAUCAUGAUCUUACGGCUCUUGAUGAGAAGGCCCUCUUGCAGCAAUGCUAUACAAGCAAGCCCUAUGCAAUGCAGCACAGCAUAAGGAAGUUAGAAGCUGAGGAUGUAGCUGCAGAGAGGAGAAAGCAAACUGUAGUAGAGCAAGUGAUGGUGGAUCAGUUAUCUAGGGCUGUAAUAAGUGACCCAGAGCAAAGUACAGAUAUUGGUACUUACCAGAGAGAUUGGACCUUUGCAGGUCUUGGGACAGCACCAUUGCGCUUUAGAAAAAGAACAUUACAUGAAACAAAAAUAAGGACCAGAUCAGCAUUAACUGAAAAUGUGCUUUCUAAUAAGUUACGCUUUGAUGGCAGAAUUAUAUCAAGGAAUGGGCGUGAUGCUUGCAGAGAGCUGAUUGGAUUCUUUUUUAUGUAUGACAGAUCUCUUACUGUAUAUGAAUAUCGACAGUUUGGAAAAAAUAGAACAAAUGCCUUACCUUUCAUUCAGAAAGGAGUUUAUAGUCAUCAGCAUGGACAAAGAAAAGGACAACAAUAUGAUCUUAGUGACUUUUAUGUUGGUGCUAACCUGACUUUUCUAAGUUGCAAUCUUAGCCUUCCAGAAAGCAUUAAACAGAACCCAAUACUUACCCUUCGUGUCACAAAUAUUGAUGAAGCUGCAACUGACAUUCUAAAAACUACUUCUGUGGGAAUCAAGCAAGACAUUACCCAGCAAGAGAUUGAUGAGAGCAGAGUUUUCAGGGUUGUUCAAGGUAUACUUAAAGAGAAGCUAAGUAAAAGGGGAGUUCGUGUUGUAACAGGAUUAGGAAAAUACUUCCGAGAACGGGAUCAGAAGGGUGAUGGAGCUCUCUCUAAGGCAGUCUUUAAACAAGCUCUAACAGUAUUUCAUUUAGAAGUGCCUGAAAAGGAUUUUGAGGCUUUGUGGCUUAUUCUUGAUGACAACUGUAAUGAUAAAGUCGAUUAUGGGGAGUUCACUCGCGCCAUUAUUGGGGAAAUGAAUGAGUAUCGAAAAGCAUUUGUUAGAAAAGCUUAUAUGAAACUUGAUUUCAACAAAACUGGCCAUGUACCUAUGGUAGAUAUCAGAAAGUGUUAUUGUGCCAAGAAACACUCUCGAGUGUUAUCAGGUGAUGCCACAGAGGAAGAAAUUAAAUCUUCAUUUCUAGAAACACUAGAGGAUGCCUGCAGCAAUUCCAGUGAAGUAUCAUAUUGUGAGUUUGAAGAUUACUAUGAAGGAUUAAGUAUUGGAAUCAUGGAUGAUGAAGAUUUUGUUAAUAUUUUAAGGAAUGCUUGGGGAAUUUAG